AUGUCCAAUUCCACCCAAACCCAGACCAAGGCCGAUGCCUCCGAGCAGCCCCAACAACAGCAGAAGCCCCAAGUGCUCGAGGAAGACGAUGAGUUCGAGGACUUCCCCGUCGAGGAUUGGCCCCAGGAAGAAGCCGAGCAGAAUGGAUCAGCGGCCAACGGAGGCAACGAGCAUCUUUGGGAGGAGAGCUGGGAUGACGACGAUGCCGCGGAGGACUUCUCCAAGCAGCUGAGGGAGGAGCUCAAGAAGGUCGAAGCCUCGCACUAG